AUGGCUGGAAAACGCAAAGAAAGGGACUUGGUCGCUCCGGACAUCACGGAAGAUGCGGCGGAGCGGAAACGAAUCCUGAAUGUACUUGCCCAAAGACGAUACCGACAAAGAAGAAAGGAUCGAUUGCAAGCCCUGGAAGCGCAAUUGAAAAACGUUAGUCCGCAUAACAGAGAAAUAACGUCACCUGAAACCGAGAAAGAUGGAAGUGACCCAGGUCUCCCGACAGAUGAUUUAUUUCGCUUCUCAGCUCCGGGUACCCUAGGUGAGAGUAUUACUGUAACCUCAGGUAAUGAAGGCCAAGAGAUGGUGACCUCAGCGUGCACUGGGUCCUGUCCUGGUGGCACGGCUUCCGGAUUCAACGAUAUCACUCUGGGGCCGGAGGACUUCGCGGAACCUUUCUUACCAGCCGUGCCACAUUUACUCUCCUCAGAGCUAUCCAUGUCAGCUUCACCAUGCUUCGCUACUCUUUCUCCAAGAACCUCGGGACAAGCGUCGCUAGGUUCACUUAUAUCCGCUAGUGGCGCUCCUUUUGAGGCCUUCCCACUACCAUUAUUUCUGCGGUCCGAAAAGUCAGCCCAAGGCCAUAGCGACGACGAUGAUGUACGGCUCAGCAACAGUUUGUUCAGUAACCCAGAGGACGCGGGCAUUACUUCAGAUAAUCUACAAUCCUACCAGUCCUCCAAUUUCACGUUUCCUGAUGAUCACCUGCUCCAAGUUCCCUCCCUUACCCUUCUUAGUGCGGCAGUUAGGGUAGCUCAGAGGCUAAACAUCGGAGACAGUCUUUGGGAUAUUGCUGCGGUGAGCCCAUUUUACAGGCCACAGGGAUACAACCAAUCUUCUGCUUCCUCGCCACCAUUCUUACUGCCUCCUUCGUCUUCAUCUACUUCGUCUACAACACAUAGAUCCGGCUCAAGCGAAGACAGCGACAGGGGAGAAACUAUCAACAUCGACCUAGAGACGUUACCUUGUCAUCUACGACCCACUGCAACUCAAGUACUUAUUCCGCAUCACCCACUUCUAGAUCUCCUUCCCUGGCCAAGUGUCCGGGACAAAUUCAUCCAGGCGUUUAACCUCCCUAUCAGUUUGCGUCCGAAAACUGCCCAGGAUCCAAUGGGGCUCGUACGGUUGAUGUAUGAUAUGGAAGACGUCGGAGGAGAGGGACUCAGAGUCCACAGUAGCGAUCCAUUCGAGGCAGCGGGCUGGGAAAUUGGACAGUUGAUGUUUGAACGGUGGUGGUGGGCAUUUGAGACAGAGACUGUAGAGAGGAGUAACCGCGGAAGAAACGAGAGGGGCGAGAAAUGCCUAGAGCUUUCGUGA